AUGCAGACACAUCGAAUCACUAUAAUUCAUGAUUUGUAUAUCUAUCUAUCUAUCUAUCUAUCUAUCUAUCUAUCUAUCUAUCUAUCUCAUUGUGUUCCUAUCUAUCUAUCUAUCUAUCUAUCUAUCUCGGAAUCUCAUUGUGUUCCUAUCUAUCUAUUUCGCGAUCUCAUUGCAUUCCUAUCUAUCUAUCUAUCUAUCUAUCUAUCUAUCUAUCUAUCUAUCUAUCUAUCUAUCUCGCGAUCUCAUUGUGUUCCUAUCUAUCUAUCUAUCUAUCUAUCUAUCUAUCUAUCUAUCUAUCUAUCUAUCUAUCUCGCGAUCUCAUUGCAUUCUAUCUAUCUAUCUAUCUAUCUAUCUAUCUAUCUAUCUAUCUAUCUAUCUAUCUAUCUCAUUGUGAUCUCAUUCUAUCUAUCUAUCUAUCUAUCUAUCUAUCUCGCGAUCUCAUUGUGUUCCUAUCUAUCUAUCUAUCUAUCUAUCUAUCUAUCUAUCUCGCGGUCUCAUUGUGUUCCUAUCUAUCUAUCUAUCUAUCUAGGCGGCCGUUUCUUUCUUUCUUUUUCUUUGUCUUUCCUUCUUUCUUCUUUAAUAACAAAAGCGAUUUUUUUAAGUUCAAAUGCGUUCUAUCUAUCUAUCUAUCUAUCUAUCUAUCUAUCUAUCUAUCUAUCUAUCUAUCUAUCUAUUAUGACAAAUCUAUACGCUCCUCCAUUCUCUUUAGCUCAGUUUUUCCUAUCUAUCUAUCUAUCUAUCUAUCUAUCUAUCUAUCUAUCUAUCUAUCUAUAUAUGUAUAUAUUAGUAUGUGUGUAUCUAUCUAUCUAUCUAUCUAUCUAUCUAUCUAUCUAUCUAUCUAUCUAUAUAUAUAUAUAUAUAUAUAUUAUAUGUGUGUAUCUAUCUAUCUAUCUAUCUAUCUAUCUAUCUAUCUAUCUAUCUAUCUAUGUAUCUAUCUAUCUAUCUAUCUAUCUAUCUAUCUAUCUAUCUAUCUAUAUAUAUAUAUAUAUUAGUAUGUGUCUAUCUAUCUAUCUAUCUAUCUAUCUAUCUAUCUAUAUAUAUAUAUAUAUAUUAUCAAAUUUAUUCUCUCUCUCUCUCUCUCUCUCUCUCACACUCUCUAUCUGUAUCUAUCUAUCUCUCCCGUUUAGUAAUGAAAUUAGAAUCGUCUCUUCUUUAUUCUACAAUGCUCUUUUUUCUUUAUCUUUUCUUUCUUUUUUUCUUCCUUUCUUUUUCCUCUCUUUUCUUUCUUUCGUUCUUUCUUUCUUUUUUCUUUCUUUUUUCCUUUUAUUCCUCAACGUUUGUAUAUUUGCUAUCUUUCUUAAUCCCUACCGAAGUUAA